AUGGAGUCUCCUUUGCUAUUCAAACUCCCUGCGGAGAUCAUCUUCAAUAUCGCUCACCAUCUGCCGAUUAAAACACUAUUUGCCCUUUCGAUAACAUCCAAGUCAGCCAGAAAUAUCCUACACAAUGAGGUGAAGAGGGAGCUGGACUCACGCUCUGCACUGGUGUGGGGAGAGAUUGAAGUACACAACUUUGAAUUAUCCAACGUACCUGGGCUCGCCGAACACCCUCUUUAUAGAGCCUUAGUUUCAAAUUUCAAACGUCUGGUUACCGCAUGCCAGGAAGGCGACGCAUAUCUUGUUAGGAGAAUACUGUGCAACGGCGUCUCGCCCAAUCCUCCAAGUUCCGAGUGGGAAUGGCUUACACCCCUUCAGGCUGCCUCGCGUGGGAAUCACCGUGAAACUAUACGGAUUCUCCUUGAUACUGGGGCCAAAAUAACUUCUGAGCUUAGCAAUUCUGCUGAAGCUGCUGUUGAUAUUGUUCGUCUAUUCUGCAGCGGCAAUCAAGAUGCAGAAACCGUAGCGCUUCUACUUGGUUGUCCAGGCAUGAUCGAAGCCGAUUAUCUCGAAGAGUCUUUAAAGGCAGAUAUAUCGCACAUUUCGUGCUCAAGAAACCUCCCUGUAUCAGCUAUUUCCAUGCUAAUGAGCUGUGGACUAUGGUCGGACGACGCAUCGUUGUUCGAUGGCCAGGGGUACACUCCGACAGGAGCGGCCAUUGCACAGACGGGCAGCCCCAGCAGUACUCCAAGCCAGCAGCUAGAGAAAGUUCGCUUCUUGCUCCAAGACCAACUACGACGAGACCAACCGUGUCUGUCUCAGUUAGGACAGUACCCUAUCGACGUUGCAGCAGCACGUGGGAGCCCUGCGGUGAUGCGAAUGCUGCUGCAUGAGUUCAGCGCGGACCCGAAUCUCCAUUCUACCGAUGAGGAUCACGAUACGCCGCUGUGUGCGGUGAUUCAACGGCAUGAAUAUGAGCAUGGUCAUGAGAUGGUCGAAAUGCUCCUGGAUGCCGGUGCUAUAUGCAACAUUGAUGCUGUGCAGUAUUCCAUCCGGCAUGGAGGGAGGUCAUUAAGACUCCUUUUUGACACUUGUAUCUCGCACUACGGACUGCAAUCUGCUGAUAUUCUACUUGUUGCUGCUGCUCAACUGGGAGAUGUCACUAUAAUACAGCAGAUAUUGUCCUCAUGGGAGACCGAAGGCAUCAAGUCUCAACAACACAUCGUAGCAAGAGCACUCUUUCGAGCCGCCCGCUUUAACCAUAGCAACGCCUUUGAAGCCCUACUGCCACAUGUAGAGAACUCCAAGGUGGACGACGAUAAGUGGGAUGAUUUGUUGGGUGCCGUCCGCGGUUGUACAGAUAGCAUGCUUCACACUUUACUGGGGCGCUUUUCUCUUCACCCUGAUCCUACCAACGCCAGACAGCCAGGCUGUUUGACAGUGAUGACUCGCCUAGUUCAACAUAUCGUUCUUUACAGACCACUCGAUAUUCUUUCGUUGGCCCUCAGUCGCGUCCAAGGACCAAUCCUUCAGGAAGAGGUGGAACAUAUACUAGACAACCUAGCAAAACAAGGAGCCACAGACGCUGUCGCUGUAUUCCUGGAGUACGUUGAAUUGCCUGGCGCCGUGACUCAGACCCAGGCAAACGCCGCUCCGGCAGGGCUUUUCGGUGGAUUAAAUGGCUUUGUUGGUGGAUUUAUUGGCUUUGGUGGUGGUCUUCGCGAGAAGAUCAAUCCCCUGUGCACGGCCGUCAAACACGGGCACCUUGCUGUAUCGCAGGCCCUGGCCAAGUGGCGCCCUCGCUAUCUUCACGAGAGAGGGGCCGACAAUGAGUUACCGGUGGUCAUAGCCACAACUGCCCAUCGCCCUGAUAUCCUCGCCAUGCUUCUCUCUGCUGGUGCGAGCCCUACUCCUCCGCCCUAUUCAAUCGGGGGCUUUGCGCCAAAGGAGGAUGGCCCUUGCGUCCUCGCAGCUGAAAGGGGCUACAUAGACAUCCUACGAGUGCUACUAGCCCACGGCUGCGAUGUCGACACCAGGCACAGGGAAUCCGAGAUGACAUUGCUAUCAUUUGCUGCUUUGAACGGCCAUACAGCCACGGCUCGCUUUCUGCUUGACCACGGUGCCAACAUCAACGCCGUCGACAAGAUGAAACGCACCGCUCUAUCCUACGCCGCAAUGCGAGGCGCCAGUACCACGCGUCUCCUUCUCGAAUCCGGCGCCGCAGUAGAUGGGCUCGACGUCGACGAUAAGACCCCAUUCUUCCUCACCAUGAUAGAGGGCCGCCAUGUAAUGAACUCGCGAAUGUAUUACCGCGCUGAGUUAGCUGCCAAAUCAGGUUGCCAUAUCGCUAUCAGUCCUCGGGCGGCUUCUCUAUCCACGGCCGCGGUCCAGGCCCGUCUGGACAUAUGCCGCCUGCUACUCGAGUACGGGGCCAGUCCGCUAGAUGGAAACGGUAUACCGGGGUAUCCACUUGCGCUGGAGAAUGACCUCGGCGAGAUACUCCAGCUCUAUAUUGAACUGGGCAUGGUGCCGGUGGAUGUAGUUGAUGGGGAGAAACGGACCCUGUUGCUGCGCGCGGUAGAGAAGGGUUAUUUGUCUGUGGCGCGUGUCUUGGUUGAUGCUGGCUGCGAUGUCUCUCGUGCUGAUGUUAAGGGGCGGACUCCUCUCCAGCUUGCUGAGUCUGAUGAAAUGGUCAAGAAUGGUCAAGAUUUUGUAUUCGCGGAGGUAGCCUGGGUCAAUUUGUCUGGUCCGGUUCCCUGUUUAUCGUUAUUUUAUAGACUGAUAUCAGAUGAAGCAAUAUUAUUGCCAAGAGUCUUCCUUUAG